UUGUUAAACGACUCUCGUUUAAGAAAAAAAAAAAUAGUUAGAACGAAAAAAAUAUAAAUUUUCUGGAAAAAAACCUUUUUAAGAGGAAAAUAAACCAAUAUUUAUAUUAAAUAUGGCGAACAAAAUGGGCCAGGCCGAGGACCUGUCAAAUGUAGAGUUUGAGACCAGCGAAGAUGUGGAAGUUAUUCCCACGUUUAAUGCCAUGAAUCUCAAGGAGGAGCUGCUACGCGGCAUCUAUGCGUACGGAUUUGAGAAACCCUCGGCUAUCCAACAGCGCAGCAUAAAGCCAAUUGUAAAAGGACGCGAUGUGAUUGCCCAGGCUCAGUCGGGUACGGGAAAAACGGCCACAUUUUCCAUUUCCAUAUUGCAGAGUCUGGACACUACUUUGAGAGAGACGCAAGUCUUGUGCUUAUCCCCAACCCGUGAAUUGGCUGUACAAAUUCAAAAGGUUAUUCUUGCCUUGGGCGAUAUGAUGAAUGUUCAAUGCCAUGUGUGCAUUGGUGGAACGAAUUUGGGUGAGGAUAUCCGCAAACUGGACUACGGUCAACAUAUUGUGAGUGGAACACCAGGUCGUGUGUUCGAUAUGAUUAAACGACGUGUAUUACGCACAAGGGCAAUUAAAAUGCUGGUCCUUGACGAAGCCGAUGAGAUGCUAAACAAGGGGUUCAAGGAACAAAUCUACGAUGUAUAUCGGUAUUUGCCACCAGCCACACAGGUGGUGCUGAUCUCCGCCACCUUACCGCAUGAAAUACUAGAAAUGACUUCGAAAUUUAUGACAGAUCCCAUUCGCAUAUUGGUCAAACGUGAUGAGUUGACACUGGAAGGCAUCAAACAGUUUUUCGUAGCCGUCGAGCGGGAAGAAUGGAAAUUUGACACGCUUUGCGAUCUCUAUGACACCCUGACCAUUACGCAGGCAGUAAUAUUUUGCAAUACCAAACGUAAGGUCGACUGGCUGACAGAGAAAAUGCGAGAGGCAAAUUUCACGGUUAGCUCUAUGCACGGAGACAUGCCCCAAAAGGAGCGUGAUGAGAUUAUGAAGGAAUUCCGUGCUGGGCAGUCCCGUGUCUUAAUCACUACCGAUGUGUGGGCUCGUGGUAUUGAUGUUCAGCAAGUUUCUCUCGUCAUCAACUAUGAUCUGCCCAACAAUCGUGAAUUGUAUAUUCAUCGUAUUGGUCGUUCAGGACGUUUUGGACGCAAAGGUGUGGCCAUUAACUUUGUCAAAUCGGAUGAUAUACGCAUCUUGCGCGAUAUUGAGCAAUAUUAUUCAACGCAAAUUGACGAGAUGCCCAUGAAUGUGGCUGAUUUGAUUUAAAACAGAGAACAAACCCCAAACAGAGCAGUUUUACUUGAAACUUUUCUUAGCAUUAAGUUUAACAAUCCGUAAAAGAAAUGAAAUGAAUACACAUUUAUACACAACCCAAAUAUGUAUAAUAAUAAUAAAAAAAAAAAUAACAAACUUAAGAAUUUAACUAAAAAAAAGCCAAUUGGUUUUCCAGAGAUUUGAUUAAAAAAUUUGAGAGCCAACAUAAAAAUUAGAAUGAUUGAAAGUUAAUUUAAUUUAUGUUCCCUUCGUCUAAUAAUGCAUUUGUAUGGCAUGAAGUUGCAAUUUAUGUGCUCCAUGAGGUACUUUUCUUAUAACCGUUUCCAACGAUUAAAUUAGUUCUAUCCAAACUUAAUAUCUAAAAAUACAUUGAAGUCAUUCUAUAUAUACACACAUAGUAAAGACAUUAAAAUUAAUAGCUCUAACUACA